GGGGGAAGUGACAGCUUCAGGCUACACCAACCCAUCGUCGUGAAAACUUACCGAGAGCAUAAUUAGACCAGAUACCUCCUCCUUACCCAUUCUAUAAAAACCAUCCCCAAACUUACAAUUUCAACAUUCAAACAUUAAUUAGUACAUUCUUCCAAAAACCCUAUCAACAAGAAGUAAAAUGGAAGUGAUAGAGUCUGGCAUGGUAGUUCCUAGCGUGGAGACACCAAAGCACAGAGUCUGGCUCUCCAAUUUUGACACAACCCACGUCGGAAGAGGCCACGUGCCUACAAUCUAUCACUACCGGCCGACCGGCCUUUCGACCGACGUCGAGACGCUGAAGGCGGCGCUGAGCAAGGCUCUGGUUCCGUAUUAUCCGUUGGCUGGUCGUCUUGAGGUCGGCGAGGAUGGUCGAGCUGAGAUCAACUGUAAUGGAGAGGGUGUUUUGUUCACGGUGGUGAGGUUGGAAUCGAGUGUGGAGGAGUUCGGGGGCUUUGCUCCGUCGCAGGAGAUGAGGCAGGCGUUGGUGCCUACGGUUGACUCGUCUCUGCCUCCGUGCUUGUUGAUGAUGGCUCAGGUUACGUUCUUGAAGGGUGGAGAUAUAAUCGUAGGCAUC